AUGACAGUGACAUACAGUAACCGUGUGGCGGAUGCACGGCUUGGCACCUUUUCCAGACUGCUCCUUCGCUGGCGUGGCAGCAUUUACAAACUGCUGUACAGAGAGUUCUUUAUCUUCAUUGGUUGUUACUUUAUCAUCAGUGCCACUUACAGGUUCCUACUGAGCGAGCAGCAGAGGAUUCACUUUGAGAAGCUGGCUAUGUAUUGUAACAACUAUGCAGAGCUAAUCCCCGUCUCAUUUGUACUAGGUUUCUAUGUGACUCUGGUAGUUUCACGCUGGUGGGCUCAGUAUGAGAGUGUGCCAUGGCCGGACCGCCUCAUGUGCCUGGUGUCCAGCAAUGUGCAUGGUACAGAUGAGCGCGGCAGGAUACUGAGACGAACACUCAUGCGUUACGCCAACCUGACUGGGGUACUGAUACUGCGCUCCGUCAGUACAGCUGUCUACAAGAGGUUUCCAACUCUGCAGCAUGUGGUGAAUGCUGGUUUCAUGACACCUGCUGAGCACUUGAAGUUUGAUAGUCUGGUUUCUUCUCACAACAAAUUUUGGAUUCCAUGUGUCUGGUUUGCAAAUCUGGCAGUGACCGCAAGGACCGAAGGAAGAAUCCGGGACAAUGUGGUUCUGCAGCUGAUCCUGAAAGAGCUGAAUUCUCUGCGCACACAGUGUGGGAGACUUUAUGGCUACGACUGGAUCAGCAUCCCGCUGGUGUACACCCAGGUGGUGACAGUGGCAGUGUACAGCUUUUUCCUAGCUUGUCUGAUUGGUCGUCAGUUCCUAGAUCCUCAGAGAGGAUACCCUGGACAUGAUCUGGACCUCUAUGUCCCAGUCUUUACUUUGCUUCAGUUUUUUUUCUACGCAGGCUGGUUAAAAGUGGCUGAGCAGCUAAUUAACCCUUUUGGACAAGAUGAUGAUGACUUUGAAACCAACUGGCUUAUUGACAGGAACCUUCAGGUGUCGCUGCUCGCUGUAGAUGAGAUGCACCAAGAUGUGCCGCCCCUCGAAAAGGAUUUGUAUUGGAACGAUUCAGACCCACAACCCCCAUACACAGCAUCCACUGCAGAGACUCGCAGACCAUCCUUCCAGGGCUCUGCCUUUGACCUAAGUCUACAGAAAGAGGACUUGGAGUUUCCAGCAUUGGAGCAGAUAAAUGAAAAUGAAGAGGCCAAUCACUCCACCCCACUUCUUGGACCAUUUGGACGUUUGCUUGGUGUCCACUCACCAAGCCCUCCCCGUUCCAAUUCCCGCCUCAGUCUGUUGAUGAGACGGAGGAGUGGGGUUCCGCCUGGUCUUCCCCCCUGCACACACAAAGACAUUGGUAACUACAGAAAUGGAGAGGCCAUGCGUGACCUGAAUGUCUUCAUGACUAGCCCUUUCUACGAGAGACCAGGAUUUUAUAGUGCUCCCCAAACUCCACUCAGUGGGGUUUCCACCAUCGCAUCUCGGUUCCCUGUUCAUGGCAAUUCCACACUUUUUCCAUCACACUGGCCCAGAAAGAAGGCUCCAGUGGGUGAGACUACAGAUGAGUCCUCCAGCCUUUCACCUAGCUCAAAAAACUGCUUUGUUUGGCCCCCAGAGAGUAUGGAGCUACAUGAAGAGGUAACAGAGGAGAAUAUGGAGAGCAUACCCAACAUACAACCAGAAUACCCCUCUGAGGUACCGAGCAGUGUGCAGUUACCCAGAAGAGGAGUUAGAGCACAGCGUCUCUCUACAUUACUCCAAGGGAAUUUGGUGCAGUCAUCCCCUGAUGCCCUGCACACCCCAGGAAACAGGACACCUCGCCCUAUAUUUUCUUUUUCUCCCAUAACUUCCCCAGUUCUGCAGAGGGCAUGCCGAGUUUCCCCUUCUUCGCAGGGUCAGGUGGAUGGAAGCAGUGACGGUGGCAAUAUAGAGCAGAGUGUAGACCAAUGCUCAUCCCAAAAGGACUCUGGUAUAAGCCUGACAGAUGGAGAGUUCACAGAGCUGAUGGAAGUGAUUAUGGAGGCUGGUGAAACCCCAGAAACUCCAGAGGGGAAGAGCGUCUGAGAAGCAAAUAAUUCAGUCUGUAAUUUGUAGAGAAAUAGACAACUAACACUAACUCAGAUGUAGUUGUGCAACUAAUAUUUAGGCUAUAGCUCAAACAGCUACUAGUUACACUGCAUGCAUGCUGAAGACAAGCAAAUGGGGACAAGUUUAUGGAGACCCAAUGAGAAAAGGCAACACCAGAAAGAUAACAUAAUUCCAUCAUGCCAAAAACUAUCCAACUAUGCAGUGAUGGAUAAACCACUUUAUAAAUAUUUUUUAGAUUUAACAUAUAGCAAACAUGAUAUUUACUUUCUAAAAAAUAAAUCUAUAUUUUAUUAAA